AUGCCUCCUCAAUACAUCAUCCCCAAGACCCAGAAGGCCGCCGUCGUCGCCUCUGCUGGCGCGACCGUCGAAAUCAAAGAAGUCCCCGUCAAGACAGAAGCUGAGCUCGCCCCUGGCGAGUGCCUGGUCAAGCUUCACUGCACCGGUGUCUGCCACACAGAUCUCCACGCCGCGUUGGGCGAUUGGCCAUUGAAGGCGAAUACGCCUUUGAUUGGCGGCCACGAAGGUGUAGGAGAAAUCGUCGCCAUUGGCCCGAACACCGCGUCUUCCCCUGUCAAGAUUGGAGAUCGUGUCGGUAUCAAGUGGUUAGCCGACUCUUGCCUCGAUUGUGAACAUUGCCGAAAAGGGCGCGAGCAAAACUGCCUCAAGGCCAAGCUCAGCGGCUUCAAUGUUGACGGAACUUUUGCCGAAUACGUCGUCUCAUAUGUUCACCACGUUACGCCGAUACCAGAGGGUAUCGACAGCAACUCUGCUGCCUCGAUUCUUUGCGCUGGUGUAACUGUUUAUCGUGCUAUUAAAUACAGCCAGACCGAGGCCGGUGACUGGAUCGUCCUUCCUGGUGCUGGAGGAGGCCUUGGUCAUCUCGCCAUUCAAUACGCACGCGUUCGCGGUCUCCGUGUCAUCGCCAUCGACAGCGGCGAGGAGAAGAAGAAGCUCUGUCUCGAACUCGGCGCCGAAGUGUGGAUCGACUUUAAGGAGUCCAAAGACAUCGUCGCUGACGUCAAGGCCGCCACCGGGGGCGAGGGCGCACACUCCGCCGUCGUCACCACCGCUUCGCCUUCUGGCUACAAGCAGGCAGUCGACUAUCUCCGUUGUGGAGGAACUCUUAUGGCUGUCGGCCUGCCCGGACAGGCGGGGUUGGAAGCGUCGAUCUUCUUCACGGUGUUCAAGAGCAUCAGCAUCCUUGGAUCUUACGUUGGAAACCGACAGGAUGCUCGCGAGGCUGUUGACAUUGCUGCUCGUGGCCAAGUCAGAUGUGUUUACGCGAAGAAGGCCCUGCCCGAUCUCAAAGAUGUCUACGAAGGCAUCACCAACGGUUCCGUCGCCGGCCGUGUCGUCCUCGAUAUGACAGAACAGUAA